GGAGUCUGGCAGUUGCUUCAUCUGUGUUCACAAACACUUGCAGAGUCGAAGAACAGUCCUGACUAGUGAAUUGGCACCAAUCAUUUCAUGACUGGCCAUUUAUCAUGCAUUUUGGCUCCCUUAUUUAGUGUUUUAUUUUACGUGAAUACGACAGCAUAAUGACACAGAAAAACGAACAGCCUGCAGUCGACGCACCGACCAAGGUUUAUCCAACACUGACAGAUGCCGACUUUCCACCUUUGAAAAAUGAUCUGAUACUGCGAGUUGCUCGUGGAGAGUCUGUUGAACGAGUGCCUGUAUGGAUCAUGAGGCAGGCUGGCAGAUAUCUUCCAGAAUUUCGCCAGGCUCGUGAGCGCAACGAUUUUUUUACAAUCUGCAGAUCACCCGAGCUUGCUUGUGAAGUUACCCUGCAGCCGAUCGACAGAUAUGAUGGACUUCUGGAUGCAUCUAUUAUAUUCUGUGAUAUUCUUGUUGUUCCUCAAGCUCUUGGACUUGAAGUACAAAUGCUUCCAAAGCAAGGUCCGCAUUUUCCUGCUCCCUUGGUUGAUCCAACGCAUAUGUCACGACUGGUCGAAAAAGUCAAUGUGGAUAGAGACUUGGGAUAUGUGUAUGAAGCAAUAACUCUUACCAGAAAAAAGUUGGAUGGACGAGUGCCAUUGUUUGGAUUUGCUGGCGCUCCUUGGACGCUAAUGGCUUACAUGAUUGAAGGCGGAGGCAGCAAAACGUUGAACAAGGCAAAAACUUGGCUGUACAAGUACCCAAAAGAAAGCCAUGCGUUGCUGCAGCGUACUACCGAUGUGAUUGUCGAGUAUCUUGUUGGUCAAGCUAAAUCAGGAGCACAGUUGUUGCAAGUGUUUGAUUCAUGGGCUGGCAUGCUUUCUCCAUCCCAGUUUGAGCUUUUUUCGCUGCCUUAUCUUAAACAAGUAGUGGAGCGUGUCAAAAAAUCACUUGCAGAUCUUCCCACUCCGUUGAAUCCUCCCAUUUCUGUAUUUGCUCUGGGUGCUCACCAUGCAUUGGAAAAACUUGCUACUCUGGGAUACGACAUUGUUCAAGUGGAUUGGACUAUGGAUCCUACAAGUGUUCGCUCUCGACUUGGCGACAAAGUCACAUUGCAAGGAAACGCUGAUCCUUCACUCCUGUACGGCGAUCGCGAGACAAUCCGUAUCGCAGUCAAGAAAAUGAUGGAUGGAUUUGGCACUCGGUCUCAUUACAUUGCUAAUCUUGGUCAUGGCAUGUAUCCAGAUCAUGAUCCAGAGCAUCUGAAGUGGUACCUUGAAGCUAUUAAAGAGUUUUCAACUAUUGCCAAUGGUCGCAAGCGAACUCGUGAAGAAAAUAAAUAA